UAUCUGCUAACGAGCUCUUUGUAGGUGAAGUAGCUUCACUCCACACACUCCAAUACUAACUCAUCUUCUCCCGUAAAGCAACUAAACAAUGAACCGUCAGAAUAAUGUUCCGUUCAGCUCUUCAGCUGUUCCUAUAGGAGCUGCUCCAGGAUUCAAACUGCCUGGGAGAGUACCCAUAGACUUUAUAGAAGCUAUGAAACGCAUCCCUGCGAAACCAGCAGCCAACACAAACCCUAGGACACCUGACAUGGCUGCUAAGGCACUACCAGCCCAGAAAUGUGCAGCGCAACCUUCUGUCAAUAAAUGGAAGUCUUCAUUCAAACCGAUUGGAGACAAAGAUAACAAUUCUCAGGACAAAAACACAGGCAGCUCAGAAAGGGACGAGCUCUAUGACCCUUAUGAUCCCGGCUCGUCAGAUUCUGAGGUCGAGGUGACACAGAGAAAAGACUGCAGCCACCCCCAAUCUGAUCAGGAAAACAACCUGGGACGUCGACGAUUGUCUCCGUGUCGAGGUUCCCGUAGGAACAGCCGCUGGGAUAUACCCUAUUCUGAGGCAGGGAGCCGACUCUUUGACAGACGUGACUUUAGCCCUGAAACCAUACCCAGCGAGAGCCGAGGUCUGAGUUCGGGGCAUAGACUGCCGGAACAACAAUCUUAUAGCCCAGACACUGAACCACUUGACAGACCGGUGUAUGGCUCCAUAAGUAGACCUCUGGACCACAGGGUCUGCAGCCCUGACAGGAUUGUUCACGGCUCCUCCACCCAACAGUUUCCUACAUCUUAUGGAGGACAGACGACCAACGGUGAGGAGAGGAUACCAGUGCCAGAACACAGGAGAGAGGUAUCAUCGACAAGACUGAAAAUGACCACUACUGUUAGACUGUCCCCACCCAAGUUACAGCGGGAUUAUCAACAUCAGUUGGGGUUCGCGAAAACAAGUCUGGAUCAAAUCACAGAGGUGACAAGAAUCAGAAGCAAACCUAUAAUAAUGGAAAAGAGUUCCAUCACCUGCGACCUUUGUGACGUUGAGCUGGCCAAUGGGCAGGAGCUGGAUGAUCACUUGGACAGCAAAAGCCACUGGGUGACAUUGGAGCACAUUCAACAGGAGAAUAAUUACGAUGAUCUGGCUAUAGCUUUCCUGCAGGAAGUCAUGCUGUAUAAAAGCCGUCAGUGUAGUCGAGCCAUAGGGGAGAGUGCUCUUCAAGCUCUGCAGGAAAAUGACCACAUGACAAAGGUGGAAAUGUUCCACUGUGCAGCUUGCAAAGUCUAUGUAUUCACAUCUGCAUCCUCGGUGCAGGCUCACAUUACCUCGGAGGAACACCUCUCCAACACAAAGGAGUUUGAAGUGCAGCAGAGACGUACUUGCCUCAGCAAAGCAGAGACCAUAAUGAAGGAGCUGAAACCGCAGUUUGAAAACUUCAUGAAGGGUGACAGCCCGUUUUGAAUGACGGAAAUCGUUCAAAGUCUUCGAAACACUAUUUACACUGAGAUGCUGUUCAGAUCAAGGAUAAUGGACAGCAGCUCACUUUGAAUCACAACCACGUGAACUCUGUAUCAGUUUUCAUGGACAGCAUAUUGCUCAGAGAGCACGAUGUUCAGGCGCCAGUUGGGACUUUUCCGAAUAAACAAAAGCGUCCUGAGUUCAGGUUUGUUCACACAACAUGGAAUUUUUUUAUGUGCGGUUUGUCUUUUCACGUUCUGUCUAUGAUAAUGUUAGCUACAAAACACCCAGGUCAUCACCAUUUGGUCACUUUAAGUAAAUGAAGCUUGUGAUUUUAUUUAUUUAUUUAUUUUUAUAUUUACAGAUCCGAUGUUUAUAAUUUCUGGACAAAAAU